AUGCCCGGGAAUGCGGCCAAGCUGACCGCGCCGCCCUCCGCCCCUGCUCCCGCCACCACGCUCGCCGCGGCUGCCCUUGCGGCCCGCAGGUCCGACCAGGCCAUUCGUGGCCGGCUCUUGGUGAAGUGCCCCCUCCUCCCAGAGGCGGUCUUCCCUGCCCCGCCUCCUGCCGCCCCGGCUCCUCCCGUCGGCGCCACUUGUGGCCUGCUGCCGACGGCCCUGGCGUCCCUCCUCGCUGGUGCGGGCUCCAUGCCUCUGGCGGCUGCGUCAACGACCACCUCGCCCCCUCCGCGCACAUGCAGCGUCAACGAGCUCAUCCCCGAGGCCAUCCCGGUACAGAUGGUGCAAGCAGCUGAAAGUUCGUCCCAGCCCGUGCAUGCCGAGGCUCUGUCGUUGCAUCUGUGCUUGAGCACCGUCGUCGAGCUCGUCCCCGAUUUGCCAAUCCUAGAGCAGUUGACGCCUUCAGUGGAUGUGGUCAGUGUGCCGCUUCCUGCUGCUGUUGGCGCGAUAGCCUCCGCGGGGCGUGAGGAGGCACCCCAACCUCCGGAGGGCUGCUACCGUGUGCCUGAUUUGUUGUGGGUUGCUUCCUUGAGCUCAGACGAGGAGGACGAUGAGGUGCUUGCGCCGCGAACACCGUUGACCGCUGCUCCUGGCCUCGACUCCGACGUUCGUGUUUCCAGCAAGGUUGGCACGCCGCCUCCUAAUGGCAAUCUGCUGGCUGUCAUGUCCACUCCUGCUAUGGACGGAAAGGUAGAAGGUACUUCAAUGAAGACAUGCGAUGCAGCUGCCGCUUUUGGAGAUAAGGAACGCUGGGUGCAGGUGGGGCGGGGCGACCGCCCCGGCCCUUCGAUCGCGCUUGACUCCUCUGAGCAGAAGUCAUCGGUGGUUGAGGAAGAGCACCUCCACGGUUGUUUCUCUCCUCGUAGCCCAUCAUCGCUCCUUAAUGUUUUGGCUGCCUCUGAGCGCGAGGGCAUGGACAUGAUCGCGGCUCAGUCGCUUGACCUUGAGUUGACUGAUGUUGCCGACACACCUUCGGAGUCUUGCCAGUCGCCGCAGCCUAUUGUGUUGGCUGACUCUAAGUGUGAGGACAUAGACGAGUUCUUGGCUCCGGUGUUGCAAAUCACGGAAGAGCUACAUGUGUUGCAUGGGGACUCUCCUGUGGAGGUUCCGUCGGCGUUGUGCUCUUUUGAGACCUUGGAGGUGGCCAUGACACCGCAGUCGGAGCCUUGCCAGUCCCUCGACUCUUUGGGCCAUGGGGCAGUGUUGGUUCCUAGCUCAGAUGCUCGUUUUGCAAAGGAGCUUUGUGGUUUGCUCGCUAGUUUGGAGGCGGCUAGUCCUGGAUAUGGCAAGGAAUUUGCUUGUGUCUUGGCAGGUAAAGCCUCAGAAAGCAUGAUCAAGAAGGUGGAGAAGUCUCUUAAGAAGGUAUCUAUUAGAAGGAUAAGGAGGAGAGCUCUAACAAAGGAAGUUUGA